AAGACAACAUAGCAGUAAUCUGCAUUAUCAAGGUCGAAAGUCGGACAAUGACGUAGACGUUAUAGGACUACUUAAUGCUCGUCCAGAGGUCUUGUUUUCCAGACUACGGGCUCUUGCCUUUUUGGUAACAUCACGGGUCAAUAGCGGCAGAUUGCUCUGCACGUCUUCAGCGGUAUUUUCGUGCGUGCAGUGGUAGCAUUUAGCUUGUUGAGCAGUCAUGGCUAUGGUGGGGCUGAGAGCUUCUUACCACAGAAUCCUCGACAGGAUCGAGCAUAUGCUGCCGGCUAAACUGAGACCCAUUUAUAACCAUCCUGCAGGUCCAAAGACUGUUUUCUUCUGGGCACCAAUGUUUAAAUGGAGUCUGGUCAUAGCUGGCAUAGCAGACAUGACACGUCCAGCAGAGAAACUCAGUCCCUCCCAAUCUGCUGUGUUGACUGCCACAGGUCUUAUUUGGUCCAGGUAUUCCUUGGUUAUUAUACCCAAGAAUUGGAAUCUCUUUGCUGUAAAUUUCUUUGUUGGAAGUGCAGGAAUAUCACAGCUCUUCAGAAUAUGGAAGUAUAACCAGGAACUGAAGGCAAAGGAGAAAGAAGCUAAGCUUGAUAGCAGUGCUGUGUAAAGGGCAUCCAGAGGACUGAAAGGGACUCUCCUCGACUGGUACCCCAGAAAGUUCCCCUCCAUCAGCAGUCCUCCAGUAGAGCCUCCACAUAAUUUCUUCAUGAACAGAGAUCAUCUGAUUCUUUUAUAUUUCAGGUCAUUGUCCCGUGCCACUAGUACCUAUAGCAACAACUAAUACGCUUGUUAAUAACGCACACAAUGUUACAUAUUCAUUAGGGCUGUCAACAAUUUUUUUUUUACUUCGAAUAUUCGUUGAAUUUAAAAUAAAAAUCCACAUUCGAAUGCAAAAAUGUUGCAUUCGAAUUUUAGGUGUGGAUUGAGGAGGCUGCCUUAUAA